GCUGUCAAACCUUUGCACAACUUGUCAGAAAAAAAUCUCAUUCUCGUUGCAGUUCUACGUUUUGUCUAGCCUGUGCUGUUCCUCGGUGCUACCUUUAAGAUUUUCCUAGGAGUUAAAAUGCAAGCCGUUCGUCCAUUCACCAAGCUUGCUGUACGCAAUGCUGCGUUUCUAUCUCGUGGAUACCACGAAGGCCACCACCAUGUGUGCACGAUGAACGAAAUGCCAGUGCCGGAGGGCGAUUUCUUCGAAGAACAUAAUCGCAGAAACCGCACAUAUAACACGGUUCUUGCUGCCGGAUUGGCCAUUUUUGGGGUUACCUUGACGAUUGCCAAGCAAACCGGGCUGAUCUAUUUGAACUACAAUCCCCCGAACAGUUUUGAAUAGAUAUUACACCUGAAUAAUUAGAUCACACAAAUUGUGCUAAAUAAAUAAUCUCAACGACCGA